GACGCCGCGGGAACGAUGGGGGGGGGGGGGCUCAGCCCCGCCUUCUUUCUCGGCGGCCGCGAAGGCGCUCUGCGCACGCUCAGGAACCCGUCGUCUCCGCCCAUCGGCGGCUCGGCGCUCCUCUGGCCGGCCUGGCUCCCCGCUCGAUUGGCGCUGCCUUGGCGGCUCCACGUGGGCGCGACGGCCAUGGCGGCGGCCGGGGAGGGAGGCGGCGGCGGCGGCGGCCCUCAUGCUCUGGCGGCGGCUAGGCGAGCCCCCCGCCGAAUGGCCCACCAUGUCCCCCAGGAGAUUCUCUCUGAUCCAGAACUCCAGGACGCCGUGGGACGCCUCCCUCACAACUACAACUUUGAGGUCUACAAAACAGUGUGGCGGGUCCGUCAGGCCCAAGCCAGGAGGGUGGCGCUGCAGUUGCCAGAGGGGCUCCUGAUGUUUGCUUGCACUCUUGCCGACAUUGUUGAAAGGUUCACCGGGGCAGAAGCCGUGGUGAUGGGCGACGUGACUUAUGGGGCCUGCUGCGUGGAUGACUUCACUGCACGCUCCUUGGGAGCGGACUUCCUCGUCCACUACGGCCACAGCUGCCUGAUUCCCAUCGACUCCACGCAGGGCCUGAAGAUGCUCUACGUGUUUGUGGACAUCAAGAUUGACACGGCCCACCUCCUGGAGACCCUCCGGUUCAACUUCCCGGUUGGGGCUAAAUUGGCGCUGGUUAGCACCGUCCAGUUUGUAUCUGCGCUGCAGGCUGCCUCCCGGGAACUCCAGCCCGACUACUGCGUCUGGACCCCCCAAUGCAAGCCCCUCUCCCCAGGGGAGCUGCUGGGCUGCACGUCCCCUCGGCUGGCUCAGGAGACGGACGCCAUUGUCUACCUGGGAGACGGCCGAUUCCACCUGGAGUCCAUCAUGAUCGCCAACCCUGAGGUUCCUGCCUACAGGUACGAUCCGUACAGCAAAGUCUUCUCCCAGGAGUUCUACGCCCACCAACGCAUGCAGGAGUCCCGGAAGGCAGCCAUCCGCCAAGCGGCCGGUGCCCGCAAGUGGGGCCUCAUCCUGGGCACCCUGGGGCGGCAGGGGUCUCCGGCCAUCCUGCAGCACCUGGAGUCGAGCCUGGAGACAGCAGGGCGUCCCUACAUCCGGCUUCUCCUCUCUGAGAUCUUCCCCAGCAAAUUGCAGCUGUUUCCAGAUGUUGAGGCCUGGGUGCAAGUGGCGUGUCCCCGCCUCUCCAUCGACUGGGGGGAGGCCUUUGAAAAGCCACUGCUGACACCUUAUGAGGCUGCGGUGGCUCUGCAGCAGAUCAAAUGGCAGGAGAUCUAUCCUAUGGACUUCUACGCCGGUCAGUCUCUAGGACCGUGGACGGUGAACCACCCCAGCCACCAGCCCCAGAAGGGGGGCAGGACCAAAGAGGUGAACCUGGCCAAAUCUGUGCUCCCACUUGGGAAAGAAGCCCUGAAGAGCUGCUCCUGCCAGCAGGAGACGGAGGAGGAGGAGGCGCCAUCAAACCUCGGAAUGGAGUCGGGAACUCAGAUUGGUCCCGGGCAGUGCGUGGAGGAGAAGCAGCAGCAAUAGGGGCCAAGACACUUUGGGGCGAUUCCCCCAUCCCACCCACCCUGUUCCAGUGGAAAAAAAGCACUGUUUGCAAACUUUGGAUAGGAGGAGGCUGCAUUCCACUGCCAGCUCUUUGGGAGGCCUGGUUUUGCCUUCGGGCCUUCCUGCAACCACCGACUUUUGGGGUUCAGAAGCUGGAGAAUCAGAAGUACCUUUGCUGGAGUAAUUAUUGAAGAGAACUGGGGCUUUGCCAGAGACAAUGAAACUGAAUAUUUCAACUAAUAAUAUUAGUGACUAAGCACAGGUACCUGAAGCUAUGUGGCGAGGAAGGCCUGGCAGCAAUAGGCAGAAAGGGUAGGUGUGCCUGGGGGGUGGGGGUGGAGAGAAGAGCCCCCACAAUCAGAUGGUAUCUGGGAGUGCAAGAAGUCCUCGUAUCCAUCCAUGCCAGUUGGUAUCAGAGGCAUCCUUGGGACAAAACGUUUCUGCCUUCCGCUCUGCUUUUUUAUGGCGCAGUGGUUAGAAGGUAGCAUUGCAGGCUGACUGUGCCCACAGCCAGGAGUUCGAUCCUGACAGGCUCGAGGUUGAUUCAGCCUUCCAUCCUUCUGAGGUCGGUAAAAUGAGGACCCAGAUUGUUGAAGGCAACAUGCAAAUAAUGCUGACAUUGUAAACUGCUCAGAGAGCACCGUAAAGCACUGUGAAGGGGUUCCUAAGCCAAAAUGCUAUUGCUGUUGUUGACAUGCCUGAAUAAGACUUGUCAUCAUUGCUAUCAAAUCAAAACUGGUGAUGCAUUGUUAAGGAGUUAAAAGGGAUGAUAACCCGGAAAUGUCUCGAUUUCAGUUCUCUGGCCUCAGCAGGGAAACAAAUCUGAGCCAGCAUCAGAUGCUUUUUGCCAAGGGUGCUUUCUGAAGCAAAAAAGGUAACUUUUUAGAAUAGAAUAGAAUAGAAUAGAAUAGAAUAGAAUUUUAUUGGCCAAGUGUGAUUGGACACACAAGGAAUUUGUCUUUAAAGUACAAACACCGAGGGAGGUUGCCCUCCACUGAUCCAGUGUCCCAGGCCCUUUUCUCAGCCUGAAGAGAAGCUCCUUUUGCAAUCUAGGGAAUGCUCUGGACACGACAGACUGGAGGAAUGUCUGGUUAUAUUAACCUAUUUUUGUUAUCCCAUCCUUGUGCCUCUUUGUGUCCAGCCACACAUUAUCUCUUUCCCAUUAACUAGAUUGGGGGCAGGGGUUUGGAGCCGUGGGAAGGCCACAAAAGAGUCUACUCCUCUUUGAUUUAUUUUUUAUUUUAUUUUAUUUAUUUUUGUCACACGGUAUAUAUAAGCAUAAGUAUGAAAUAAUUAUACAAUAUAUAAGCAUAUAUAUGAAUAUAAUAACUAUAUUAAUUGGAUAUAACGAAGGAAAACAAUAGGACAGGAAAGGUAGGCACAUUUGUGCUCUUAUGCACGCCCCGUACAGACCUCUUAGGAAUGGGGUGAGGUCAAUGGUAGAUAGUUUUUGGUUGAAGUUUUUGAGAUUUUGGGAAGAUCCAAACAUGCCUGGGUUAAUCCAGCUCCCAUUUCAGUAUUGAGGCUAGGGUUAAGGAGUUCCUCUCCAGGCAGCUGAAUGUUUAUGGAGAUUCUCAGUCCGGAGCCCUCUGGGUGACCUUGGGCCAAUCACUUUCUCUCGGCUCUAGGAAGAAGGCAAUGGCAAGCCAGUUUUGAAAAACCUUGGCAAGAAAACCACAGGGACCAGUCCAGGCAAACCCCAGGGACCAACAGAGACACCAAAGAGGAACCACCACCACAAGUCAGCUCCACCAAACCCAGUGCAGUGCAGGGACAGCAGACCUUGCCUGGUCCUGCUGGGGGGAGAAGACAGGCCUCCCCCUUAGAGAGCUGGGACUCCUUCCAUGGGGCCCUGGUUGCAUUGCCUCCUCCAAACGCGGAAUGGCUGCAAUGGGUGCAGGCCUGGUGCGGGGCCAGUGGGCAUCACCGCGGG